AUGAAAAAAACAAUUAAAUUCAAUUAAUUAUAUUUCUAAUAGAAAUACCUGUCUAUAAAAAAGUUUCUGAUCAGCAACAGGAUUUUUAAUAAGAUCAAAAACUAGGAAAAUACAAAAAUUAUUAACUUUUUAACAAUCGCUGAUGAUAGAUAUGAAUAGUUAUUAACUAUUUAAAGAGAAAUAUCAGUUUUAACUUUUUAAUAAAAUAAAUAUCCAAAUAAUAAAAUCAAUUUUAUUUAUUUUGAUCUGGAAAUUUAAGAAAAACUCUUAUUUAUUAAGUACUUAAUUUAGGAUUUUUGUGAAGUUUUUCUUAUACUUUCUUUUAAAAAAUAUAGUUUGAGAAAUAUAAAAUUAUUAAUUAAUUAAUUAUUUAUGACAAUAAUAGUAAGAGCAAAUUAUAAAAAGUAGAUUAAAAUCAUGGUUGAUAAAAUAAAAAUUUUCAACAUAUUUUUAAUUUUAAUAAUAGCGCUAUUGCAAUAGCGUUAUGUUGAGUGUUAAAUAAAAGCUUUUAGUGAUAGAAUUCUAGCAUAAUAUUGCGAUUAGAUGCUGAUUGAGUAAUUGGAAUAAUAAAAUAUAUCUUAUCAGUGUUAAAAUACUGUAAUUUUUAUUCAAAACUUAGAUACAAUAGAAUUAGAGCUAUAAAUUAAAGAUCAUUAUGUUUACUCUCCAAUAUACAUAAAUAAUGCUAAUUAUGUUAAAAUUAAAUAGCUUAUUAUAUCUGAUUCGUCAUUUAAAUUUAUUGAUUAUUUUAUAUCAUUGAGAAAUAUAAAUCGCUUGGAAAUAGGCUUGUUCAAAGUAUCUAAUAUGUAAAAAUAAGAUUUUAUUAACUUGAUGGAAGGCUAUACAAUAAAAGACUGCUUGAUUGAUCAACUGUAAAUUUCUAGUUAAGAAGGAUUCGAUGAUUAUUAUUCAAUAAGAAUUAAAUCAGAUCUAUUAGCUAUAGGAGAAAUUUAUAUCUAAAAUAUCUUUAACAUUUUCUCUUAACUCAAUGGAUAAAAUUAAUUAAGUGUAAAUGAAAUUUUUAUAUCACAAAAUAUUAAUCCUGAAAAACUAGAAAACUUUUCAAACUUCUAAAUGUAGUAUUUAUCCAACUAAAGUAUAUUGAUAAAUAUUUUAAGUAUAGAGGUGAACAAUAUAUAAAACGUAUAAAAAUUAGGUGAAUAAAAAUUUGCCUACAUUGAAAUAUUAACAUAUGAUAAAAGCGAAAUAUCAGAAAUAAUUGUCAAGUAAAUAUCAUAUACUUCUUCUUAAACUAAAUUUUAAAAUUAUGGGAUUGUUUAAUUCAAAACUGAACAAAGGAAAACGUUAAUUAGCCUAAAUAGUAUUUAAUAUUAGCAGAUAGACAGUUAAUAUUACUUAUAGAUUUAAAUGGAUUAAUUUUUUGAGUGUCUUAUUCAUAAAAUCACCAUACAAAAUUUUGGAAAUUCUUUAAUGGAAAGCUAAUAUUAAAACUCUUUAUUUAAAUUAAAAUACAUUAACAAAAUGGGUAUAGAAUCUAUUAAUUUUAAACAAAAUUGCUUGGUUAAUGGCACUCUUAUAAAUGGUAGUGUUGACCAAUUCGAAAUAUUUUAACUGUAAGUAGAGUAAUUUGUUACUUUUUAAUAAACUUUAUUAGAAUUGUAAAACUCUCAACUUAUAAAAAUUAUAAAUUUAAAUAUUGAAAACUGCAAAAUAAAUGGAUACCUAUUUAAUUUGAAAAAUAUAUUUUAACUUUUUUGUAUUAAUGCGAGCUUAAAUAAAAUAUAAUUUAGUCAAAAAUCUCUUUUUUAUUUGCAAAAUGUCAAUUAUUUGUACAUAGAUAAAGUAUAACUUAAAAACUUUGAAACCUUUUAAUAGCAGAGUGCUAUUCUUUAAAUAUAAUCAUUAGAUGUAGAUCAUGAAAAUACAAUAUAGUUUGAAAGUAUUAUAGCUGAUUUAAAAACUAAUAAGAAUCUAUAAUUUUUAAAUUUUUAUGGAAUUCUUUCCUAAAUUUAAAUAUAAAGUUCUUAAAUAAUUAAUGGAUCCUCUAUAAAUUUUGGAGGAUGUUUGAAUUUUUAAUUUGAUGAAAAGCAGAAAUUUCAAAACAUCGUGCUGUAACUUUCCUCAACAGUACUUAAUUAAUGCUAAAGUAAGUAUCUAGGAGGAGCAGUUUCUGGAAUAUCAUUAUCAUAAUUAACUGUAGAAAGCAAAAUAAUAAACUCAAGUAGUAAUAUAUCAGGUGGAAUUUAUUAGCUCAAACCAGAUAAUUAAUAGAAUUAAGAUAUAUUCUUUAACAAUACUGGCUAUCUCACAUCUAAUAAUUAUAAUAAAUAAUCUAUUGAAGUAAAAAUAGAAAAUAUUUAUGAAAUUAAUCUUGAAAAUGAUGAUGCUAGGUUAUUAAUCACAAUUGAUGACUAUUUAUAUCCAGGAUUAAAAUAUCUAAUAAGAAUAGCUAUCAAAGUAGAUGGAGAAUGGUAUUAAUAAUACAGUGAAUAAAGUUUUUUUGGUAAUAUCUAUGAUCUUAUAGUUGAUCCUUCUGAUAAUUAUAUUGCUAAAACUCCACCAAAGUUAUAAAAAAUAAAUUAUCCAUUUAUUCUUUGGUAUGCUGAAAAUGUUGAAUUUGAUGCAAAGCAAACAAUUGAUUUUAAGUUGAACAAUAUAAAUCUAGUUAAAUAAUAUUCAUUAGAUACAAAAUAGUACAAAUUAUUUCAUGGAUGUAAAGACCAAGGAAUGGAAAAAGUCUACUUAGAAAAAAAUAAUAAAUAGUAAUUUGUUUGCAGAUAUUGUGAAAAUAUGAAAGCAGGUUAUCAAGGAACUUGUUAAAUUUGUUAAGCAGAUUUAUUUUCAGAGUGUUAUGGAAAUUAUUCAAAGCUGAGAGAGCCGUAUUGGAGAUCUUCAUUUACCAUCGACCCUGCAGAAAUAUUUUACUGCUCUAACAAUCCUUAAAACUGUAUUGGAGGAAGCGGUGCUGGAAAUGAAUUAUGCUACUAAGGCCAUGUUGGUCCAUAGUGCUUAGAUUGUGACAUAAGAGGGGCUUAUUGGGGAGAAAAAUAUUCAUCUGCAGGAUUCUUUUAGUGUUCCUUUAAGCUCAUCCUUCUUCUCUUUAACUUGCUUAAUUUCUAAAUAUGA